UCGGAGGGUUCGUGCGGGCAGGGAGGAGGAGGAGGAAGGCGCGCCGGGGAGGACGCGUUGCUCAGCCCCAGCCUCCAGCCUCCAGCCGCGGCGAUUUGGGGACGUGCGGCCGGGAGGAGGGAGGGAAGGAGAGAAGGAGGGAAGGAGGGAGGCGAGGCGGGGCGGCCGCAGCCCCUCGCCCCUUUUCCCCGCGGCUGCCGGCGUGCGCGCCGCCCUCGCCCGCUGAUGCAAUCGGAGUCCGCAAGCGGCGGCAGCAGCAGCCCCGGAGGUGCCCGCGGGAGGAUCGGGCGGCCCUGAGCCCGCAGCAGCAGCCGAGGGAGCGCAGGACAGGCGGCAGGCAGCCCGCACCGCCGCGGAGCAGGAGCACCCGCCCCGGCUGCCAGCAUGCUCAAGGGCUGUCAGAACGAGUGUAUGGCUGGAGGAUGUUCAAGCGAAGCAACAAAGCAUGUGACUGAAUCUUUCAAGGCUUCAGACUUGGUUAUCAUUCCAGCUACGACUUUCAAGGAAAAACCAGACCCCAAUGGUCUGGUAUUUGGAACUGUCUUCACUGAUAAUAUGCUGACGAUUGAAUGGUCUUUGGCAUCAGGAUGGGAGAAACCUUUUAUUAAACCACUUGAGAACCUCUCAUUGCAUCCAGCCUCUUCAUCUUUGCAUUAUGCUAUAGAAUUGUUUGAAGGAAUGAAGGCUUACCGAGGAGUAGAUGGCAAAAUCCGCCUGUUCCGGCCAAGCCUCAACAUGGACAGGAUGGCACGAUCAGCAAGACGAACAACUCUGCCAAGUUUUGACCAGAACGAGCUGUUGGAGUGCAUCCGGAAACUUGUGGAAGUAGAAAAGGAGUGGGUCCCAUACUCAACUGCUGCCAGCCUGUAUAUCCGUCCUACCUUAAUUGGAACUGAGCCUUCUCUUGGAGUGAAGAAGCCAACUAAAGCCCUACUGUAUGUCAUACUGAGCCCUGUGGGCCCUUACUUUGCAAGUGGAAGCUUUAGUCCAAUAUCAUUAUGGGCAGAUCCCAAAUAUGUAAGAGCCUGGAAAGGAGGAACAGGGGACUGCAAACUGGGAGGGAAUUAUGGUUCUUCUAUUUAUGCCCAGCAAGAAGCCCUGGAGUUAGGCUGCCAGCAGGUUCUGUGGCUCUAUGGAGAAGAUCACCAAAUAACCGAAGUUGGAACAAUGAAUCUGUUUCUAUACUGGAUAAAUGAAGAUGGAGAAAAUGAACUGGCAACCCCACCUUUAGAUGGCAUCAUCCUUCCAGGAGUGACAAGACAGAGCAUUUUGGAUCUGGCACGCAACUGGGGAGAAUUUAAAGUGUCUGAGCGAUACAUCACCAUGAGUGACCUGACAGCUGCCUUGGAAGAGAACAGAGUGAAGGAGAUGUUUGGUGCUGGAACAGCUUGUAUUGUAUGUCCUAUCUCCAAAAUUUUGUACAAGGGCAAGCAUUUGCACAUUCCAACUAUGGAGAAUGGACCUCAGUUAACAACCCAAUUCCUGAAUAAGCUGAGUGAUAUCCAGUAUGGAAGAGAAGACAGCGAUUGGGCUGUGCUGGUGUCGUGAAGGUGAAAGAAUUCAGACCCUCCAGACAGAACAAACACAAAUAAUAACAACUUCUGUAGCUGCCUGUGCAUAGCAUAGUUUCUUUAUCAAUUUACUUCCCAGGAUGAUUGUUUCCACAAUCCAGCAAAUGUGAACACAAUCAUUUUGUUUUCUACUGUAAGCCUGUUAUUAGAAGCCUGUCUUCUUGGUAGAGGUGCUAAAUGUUAGCAAUAGAACUUUCCUAAUGGUUUCUUAGUGCCUCCUUGUAUCUUAUGUACAGUGUAAAAAUUUGUAAAAUGCUCUUCAACUGCUCUUCAGUUUGUUUUGUUUGUUUUAACUGUCAUCACCAGCAGAGCAAGUUGUAUAACACAGACAUUGCCUGUUAGUUGGCUGCAGGGUUCUAUUGACAUUAUUCUGCCUUUUGCUCUGUGUUCAAGAAACAGUUAAGUUUAGCCAUAUGCUCUUUCCUUUUGUAACCCACUUGUAUGAGAGAUUUCUUAGUUUGUGUAGUCCCACAGAUUCCUUCAUCUGUAUUCUGUCAAAUAACAGCUCUGUCCUUUAGGCCCACACACUCAGAGUGGAUUUAGCAUGCAAAAUGCUCCCUGAUAGACUGCUGCCUUUCCCUCCAUGUAGGGAUAAGCAGUGGCUGCCUGGGCAGGGCAUACCUCACUAGUAGCUGAAUACAUCCUCCUGUACAUGAUGUUCAGGACUGAGCUAGACCAUGACAAAACAAGAAUCACUCUUUGGCUUAACAGAGAGCUGCAGAUGCAGUGUCACCUUCUGGUGAAUGUCUAGAAAAUAACGUUAAACAAAUCAGUGGCUGUAGAAGUUGAACCGCUCUUCAUUUGGACAAAGUGAAAGCAACCAGGACUUUGGAAUGAAUAAAUUAAAAGGAAUUUCCUUCAACAUCUAGUCACAUGACUUAGAUCAGCAAAAUAUUUUCUCAUCCUUCACUGCUCACUGUGAAAUGUAUCCAGCAUCCACUACUACAUAUGCAUCUUACUGGGGUCUUCCUGUUUGAGGAACAAGCUAUGUUGUCAGCAGAAAAUACGUAGCCCGAGACAGAAAGAGAUUCAGUGCAAGCCCUGGUCUUGUUCUAAUUAAGCAUAUUCUUCAUAUUCUGCUAUUGUCUUACAUGCUGUCUUGAUACUUUCUGGAAACAUUAUAAAGUAUAUAUCCCAUAGUUAGAGAAACAACAUCUGUUCACUAAGAAAUAUCCUGUGAUAUUUAUUAGCUUUGUCUUUUUGCACACCAAUUUGUCAAAUGGCUUUAAGAUAUCUCUAGCCAAAAAGGAUCAUCAUAUUCUGUAUCAAUGUUCCGAAGUGCUACUUCAGUAUAAAACUGGUGGAACUUUAUUGACACUAAUGGAGUUCUGUAAGAAGAAACGUGUAUUUCCAUAGGUUGCAGUAGAGAUGCCACCAGUAUUAAGGGAAAUGCUUAGCACUUUAUUGUAUGGUGUUUAUUUUUGUUUGUUUGUUUGUUUGUUUCUUAAGAAGACCCAACAACAUCUCUCCCAUGGUUUAUAAGUUCUUUGUUGUUACUGUCAUCUGUUAACAUAGUUCAAAAAGACAAAGUAGAAUUUCUAAUAGACCAUCCAUGCCUUAUACAACUGCUCAAAAGUAGCAUUAUGGCUUUCCUGUUCUUUUUUUGGUCAGAUUUUAAAGACAUACCCCUACUUAGCCAUCUUUUUUUUGCUCCCUCAAAUCAUGACUUUUACUGUCUUUCACUGUGGUCCGAUCUGAUCUUUUAAUGAAGAACAGUUGAAGUUUUUUUCUGACAGUGUAACUAUUGUUAAAAUAUUAGACAGUUUUGUCUUUAGAAUACAACUGCAAGCACAAAAAUUUGUUUCACUUACAGUAGCAAUAGUACUGUGUGUCUGCUUUUCCAACCAUUUGAAUUGGUAUAGUGUGCUGGUCUUUGUUCAGUAUCUUACUGAACUUUGUUCAGUAUCUUAUGUGUCAUAAGCUGCUGGUAGUCUUUCAUUUUUCUUUAAGAAGGUGGGUAGAAAAUUAACAUGAGGAAUAUGUCAAGAUGCAAUGUGGGGUAGAGAAUUUUAUCCAAUGAGGCAAGUAUCGUAACUAAAGAGUGCCUUUAACUAAAAUGUGGCAUGUAACUGUAAAAAAGUCAUGUAAUGAGCAACUACACAUGGCUUUCUGUUACUGAACUGUUUAAAUUUGUCCCUUUAUGUUCAUCUUAGAUUUAGCAGCUAAAGGAAAAGUGGAAGUAUCUAAUUUCAGAUAUAUGGAAAAGUGGUUGAACGAUACAUUAGCAUCUCAAAAUCUUGAUAGAGUUGAUGGGUAUCUUGUAUUGAAAAUCUCCAUGAAGGCAUGAGAGUGCUAGUAUUAAUCUAUUCACUAGUUAGGGACCAGUUUGAAUAAUUAUUUUACUGUGCUUUAGAAGCUGAAAGCUGUGCAAAACUCUUCUUAAAUUGGAUGCAAGUAAUUUAAUGUGAGGAAACCAAGCAGUUUCAUUUAUUGUGGUUUGCACUGUUGCCUAUACCAAACAGAGAAACACCUCUCCUUCUAGUGUACAUAUUCAGCUGGAGGAGACUUCAAAAUUAAAAGGGUUGAAGCAGGAAUGACCCACAGAAAUGCAUAAACUUUUCUAGCAGAGAAGAAUGAAAAUGUAGUAUGUGUAUGGUCAACUGUUAUCUUUAACGUCUUGGUUACAUGCUUUACUCUGGCUGUGGCUGUUUCUCAUGUGAAACUCAACAUUGUGGUUGUUUCUAAAUCUAGGUAGAUAGAUUCUAGAUUUUAAACUUUAAAACCUAAAUAAAGGGAGCUAUUUGGUCAGCAUCAUACUGGAAAUUCUUCUGAUCUUGCAUGAUGUCCUACCCUGUAUUACACCACUGUUUUUUAUCCUGUUAACCAAAGGAAAGAAUAUGGGUAAAUAAUUGUUUGGUGUUGUUCUCCAUUCCCCCCCCCCCCCCUUUUUUUUUGCCUGUAAAAUUUCUUUGAGGGAACUGUGGUAUUCCCUGAGCUACUAAUAGAUUUUAAAAGAACAUCUGCACAUCUAUUUUCCAUGUGCCCUAUUUGUUUAAUUGCAACAGAUUUACAUAGAAAGAGUAUGGUACAUCAUAACUAGGCAAUUAUCCAUUCUUCAUUACUUAGUUAUGGUUCUGUUAAUUGGUCAUUUAAGACAUAAGAUAGUCUAACAUUAGGAGGAUUUGAGACUGUUCAAAAAAAAAAUCAACAAAUUAAUAUUGUGUGAUAUUUGCAUAAUUGGCUGCAAUUAUUUAAUGUCUAAUUGGGUUGAUCAAAUGAGAUUCAGACUUUCACAUGUUUGUGCUUUACAAACACUGGUACUUUAAAAUGAUAAUGAUGAACUCUAAUUUUUGUAUGUUCUUUCUUCCCCCUUUCAUUCUUUUGAUUGUUAUUUUCAGUAUUGAACAUGUCCCUAAUUUUCAGUUUAGUGAGUAUGAUUCAUGUUUCAGGAAAGUCCUUCAAAUGAGUGAUUGUUUCAUGAAAUUGGUAUUUCAUGCAGACUGUUCUGAUGCCAAGAGUUGUGGAAUCAGCAACUGGUGUUACUUAAAUAAAUUCUUAGCUGUAAUGAGGGCAAAUUCACUGAGGAUUUAUAGUGACAAACUUGAGUAAGAAUGCUAAUAAAGGUCUCUGCUUAGAGUAGAUAAUCUUUCCAGUCUGUAGCAGAGCAAAGCAAAUGUGAUUUUUCUGGGAUGUAGAAAGGAAAUCUGACAAGACAAAAGCCAAGGUAGUGCGAGAUCUCUGCUCCAGCCUUUACUUACACCUGAACCUGAGUUCAUCUCUCUCAAGCCAAAAAGCAAUUGUCUUCCACUCUUCUUUCUAGGUAAACUCUUGUUUAGAGCUUACCUCAUUCAACAGAGAGAUGUUAUUGGUCUUCUCCUGCACACUUACUAUAUUCUUAUUUUUCCUCAGGAAUGAACAUUAGUUUGGAUUUGAUUACUUGGAUAUUUGAAAGAAUGAUUUGUAAUGUGAGUUUUUUGAAAUGUGUGUAGUACAUGGACUUUGAUGGAGGUAGACAGAAAAACAGCUGGGAGUGGGUUCCAUAGCCACCUGUUUAGAAGAGAAACCCUCUUGAAUUCAGUGGCCUCUCCAAAACAAUCUACCUAAUCUCAGCAGAUUGCUUAGUGUGAUCUGUCUGUUGAUAGUGCCUUGCUACAAAGUAGAAUACAAAGAUUAUAGCUCAUCCUGUUAGACUAUGACAUGUUUUUCUCUCUGCAUGGGAUACACCCUACCAAUGGUAAAUUUUAACAUCCUAGUGGCAGGCUUGUAUACUGAGAGGUGGGAAGGUGUAAACAAUGGCUUAGCACGGCCUGAGGUAGGCCAUUCUUUUGUAUUUCUCUCCCUGCAAACAGAUUUGCAUACAGAUUUGCAAACACUUUGCCUCUGCCUCUCCCUUUCCUGUCAUGAUGUCCUUUGGUCUCAAAACUAAAAGUGGCUCUUUAAGAAAAUUUUGCAUUGGUUUUGCUUUCAGCAGUAGUGGUAGUUUAUAAAUAAAUAAAUAAAUAAAUAAAUAAAUAAGUUUUUAUCUUGCGGGUGUGCAGGGAUCAGAAUUUCAUUUUUCUACCUGAGCAUGUAAUGCCUGAACAGGCUGACCCUGGACAAGUAUUCUAAUCUGUUUUUAAGUGCAGAGUAGUAGUAAUACCAAUCCUGCUGCUUUUGACUCUAAUCCAAAGUUUUUUGGGGAAGAAAAAAAAAAAAAAGUUAUUUUAUUACAGAUCAAAUAAGCUUUCCAGAAAGCUUUUUAAGCAGCAGACAAAGAUACCAAGUACAGUGCAAUACAUUUAAGUUUUGCUGUGUGAACCCAUAAACAAGUAAAAUACGUAGUUCAGAAAUGUAGUAGCAGGCAUGAAAAGAAAGUUCACCUCCUCCUCUCAGACAGUACUAUCUUCCUGUCUUCUUUAAAAGUGAUGCCUGGAGGAAGCAUUGUACCUCUCAAUGUAGAAUCAUUAGACUGCAGAUAUUGUAGAGGUACACCUUGCCACAUAGCACUGAGACAGACCUCUGUGUGAAUCUUGGCUACAAGUUUUUUUUGCAGUCUUUAGCUUUUGGAAGUGUCAGAGCUGUAUUUUACUCUGCUUUGUCACUAUCCUUAAGAUUUGGAAAAACAAUUUAAUACUAAUCUCUUUGCAUAAUAGCAAAAGAGAUUACUGAUAUUGUAUUGGUGGAAAACCAUGCAGUUGCACUCCUGCCUAUUUCUUACUUUAAGCCCAAUAGUUAGUGGGAAUUUCAGGAUAUUUUCCCUGACCACACAAAAUCUGAGUGCUGUCUGUAGCAAAACUGGCAAAUAUAUCUCUAGCUUCAUAAAUAAAAUUUAACUUCUUUCUUACUCUGAAUGAUAAAGUACGUUGGGACCUAGCAUGUGUGCAAUACUGAAUUAUAAUAGUCAAGCUUUAGAUUUUAGAUGAAAUUUUGGAAUUAGUAUCUCAGAUGGAAAUAAAUAUUAUUGAUUGCACCAGCAAGGUUUACCACACCCAACUUUUCUAAAAAUGCUGGUGUUUAAACUCUUUAGUAGUAAUAGCAUGGCUAGACACUUGUGCCUGUCUUUGAACAUGAAUUUAUACUGAGCUUGCUUACCAUAAAACUUAAAUUAUUGUGUCUUAAUUUACCACAGUUCUGAAUUCUUACUCCAUGCUUUAAAAAAUAGAAUAUUAAAUUUAAUGUGUACAGAAGGAUCUUAGGGAGGAAUAAAGAGGUUGAUAACACAUUUUGAAAGUCUUUAAAAUAUCUGGUGAAUGCAGUUAAGGUAGUUAGGGUAGAAAAAGAGAAGACAACUUUGUGGAGAAAAAUAGCUAUAGCAUACCAAAUGAUUUUCUAAUGCUUUGGAGUCCAUUAUAUUGCAUUUCAUCCUCCUGUCCAGGAUCAUGUUUGUUAUUGACCAAAGAGGCAUGCAGGGAAAAGUAGGUCAAAUAUGCUUAGUGCUUUUUUUUUUUUUUUUUUUUUUUUUAAACCAAGCAAGGGUUAGGAAAGUUUCUAAGAGCUGGUUCUCUUGAUUUUCUCAUGCUUUUAGCAGUCAUUUAAGUGUGAGAUGGAAGAGCUCAGAAGUUAUCUUAGGCAAUACUAUCAUGCAGGAACAGAUUGAUUUUCACUUUAUGAUCACGUUCUUGAAGAUAUGAACAUGGUGUCUUUUAAAUUUUGCAUCUUUUUAUAAAAACAAUGCUUAUCAUUUUAGAACUUGAUACAAUAUCACUGAACAGUUAUCUUAAAUUAUUAUGUCCUGGUAGAUGAAGAGAAGAAUGCAAGCAUUCUUAUUCCUUAUGUAAUCAACUUCUUCCUGUAUACCAAAUCCCCUAUUUAUUAUGAUUUGGUCUCUGCUAGAAUUGUGACCUCUUCGGGUGAAAUAACAUGUCUUUUUCUCUACUGUGUCUUUCAAGUGCACCCUGGGCUUUUUGGUAAGUACUAAGAGCUGGCAGCAAAUGUCAGAGCAAAAAGCAAAGUGAAAAGUCCUCUGUCUCCAGAACAGGUAUGCUAGGAAUGAGUAAAAUUGCCCAUCUCCUUACUUCAGUAAAGACAAGAGUUCAGAAGGUAAUUACCAUUCUCAUUCAGUCCAAAAUAGUGACAACCCAGGUGUACCAAAUAUCUGGCAGCAUGGUAGAUUGCUAUUUAUGAAUGCUCCUAUUCAAUUGCUUAAAUGCCUACACCUGUGCCUACAUUCUUCAUAAUUUUAGCCCUAGUAUCUGAGUUAAAAUCUGCAACACAUUUAUAUAUGUCAUGAAAAUGUAAAGUAAUAGAUAAAAACAAAUAGUAGUGAUCCAGACCAUCUAAAACUGAGAAACAUUUCUACGUGUCAGUGGCCUGUUUUUUCCCCAUAAAUUCAAUUCAUUUUCUAACGGCCCAGUAGCUGACCAGAACUGUAAGUAGGAGACCAAUAUAUCAUUAAUUCUACCCAUUAGUCAAGAAUGUUGACAAAGAGUGAAUCUAUUCCCUCCACCUGGGAAAAUGGUUUGGAAACCUGGCCAGUACAGUAAAGAUUGACAGAAGGUUCUUUGCCAUGAUGGAGACAAGCAGGAGUUUUAUCUAAAGCUAUUUGCAAACAAUUUUUGUCACACCAGUAAAUUUGUAAAGACAGAUAUCCCAAUCUACCUGACCUUCAAGACAUUUAGAAAGCUGCAGUAGUAGUACUUGGAAUUGUAGCAGUGGGAAAUCAGUAACUUAAGAGUGAGAAGUAAACACCUCUGAAGGGUCUCUGUUGUCUUAAAUGUUAAAGUUAACAGGGUAUUUUACAGGGAUCUGAGCAUAUAAAAGCAGUAAAGGACAGAUGUGUGAAAAAAAUACUGGAUCAACUAAAGGAAACUCUACCUCAUUCUUCUCUAAAGGUUUUGUAGAAGCACAAUUAAACGCUCCUAAUGGCAUUGUUACGUACAGACCAUCUGGCAUGAAAGAAACACUUUAUAUUUGUAUGUCUAUAAAUCCUGUAAUAACUGUAUUUUGCUGGCCGUAGAAACAGUCUAUACUAUUUGCAGUUUUCCUCAUCAAAUCUGUAAUUAUGCAAUGUUUCUGUCUCCAAUAAAGGAAUUUAAUGGGUA